AUGGCCGAGUCCCAGCUGAGCUGCCUGGACGAGGCGCACGUGAACGAGAGGGUGACCGAGGCGCAGGCUGCCUUCUACUACUGCGAGCGGAGGCGGGCCGCGCUGGAGGCGCUGCUGCGCGGCGGCGAGCUGGCCUACCGCGAGCUGGUCAAGAAGGAGCAGCUGCGGGACUUCCUCUCCAGCCGGGAGCAACAGGCCCUCCGCGCCGCCUGGAGCCCCUACGAGGAUGCCGCCGCCACCAACGCCGCCGCCCGGGGCAAGAGCAAGGCCAAGGGGAAAGCCCCGGCGCAGGCCCCGGCCGAGCCCUGCGAGUCCCUGGCCUACUGGCCCGACCGCUCCGACACCGAGGUGCCCCCGCUGGACCUGGGCUGGACCGACACGGGCGUCUACCGCGGCGUGAGCCGCAUCACGCUCUUCACCCACCCGCCCAAGGAGGAGAAGGCGCCCCACCUCAAGCAGGUGGUCAGGCAGAUGAUCCAACAGGCCCAGAAGGUCAUUGCGGUGGUCAUGGACCUCUUCACUGAUGGCGAUAUCUUCCAAGACAUUGUGGACGCUGCCUUUAAGCGCCGGGUCCCAGUAUAUAUCAUCCUGGAUGAGGCAGGCGUGAAGCUCUUCUUGGAGAUGUGUCAGGGCCUAGAGCUCACUGACUUCCGUAUUCGGAACAUCCGUGUCCGCUCUGUGACAGGUGUUGGCUUCUACAUGCCUAUGGGGAAGAUCAAGGGGACCCUGUCAUCAACGUUCCUAAUGGUAGAUGGUGAAAAAGUAGCCACUGGAUCUUACAGGUGA